AUGUUGACGCUGCGUCAGUACGGGGCGGGGCUCGCCGCUGUGGCUGGUUACUUUUGUCUGUGCUUCGUGGAAAAGGCAGGACUCCACACGGGACGCUGUCUGGAAACCCACUCCCCACUUUCCCUGACUGACCGCUCCAGGUCAAUCGCACAAGAUGUCUGGAAAAAUAACAAAAGAAGAUGUGGAAGAGAUGAGGGAGAUAUUCGGCAAAAUCGAUCUUGA